AUGCGCGGCCACGACAAGGAAACGGCGGCGGGAGGGGACGACGGGGGCUCGGCCGCCGCCGCCGCGGCUUCUCGCGCCGCGCACCGCGCGUGGACGGAGGCGGAGUGCGCCGUGGAUGAGGAGUUCGAGCCGCAGUUUGGCCCGAGGUGGCAGGAGCGGCGAAAGCGGCCUGAGCACGCGGAAAUCCGGCGUCAAUACCAGCGCCAGCAGCCCCAGGACCCCCAAGGCACGUCGUGGGAAAUUCCAAAAUAA